ACAGAUUUUAGAGUUUCUAUCAUCAACUUCUAGAGCACCAGAAGACUGAUAUGUCCGGUAAUUUCGUACGUGGAAAAUACGACUUUAGGUCAUCAGAUGAUCAGACUACUUCGGACUUGUCAUCUUCAGAAGACAAACCAUCCUUCCCCUUCCAGCCGACCCCGAGCGGCAACCUUAAAGUGGUCCCUCAACAGGUGGUUUACGAGUCAAAGCAGUUGAGUAUCGUAGCAGCAGAUCCUCAAAGGACCAAAGUAAACAUAAAGCCUGACAGUCGAAAUCCUAUCAAAGACAUGAGUGGAGACAGGACUACCUUCCCGGCGGAGUUAUUCUCUAAGAUGCCUGCAAGAACAUCCGGACAAGACGUCUUCGACCACAACCGCGGCGACCACAGAGACACCUGCACUGUGGCCCAACUGCAACACGAGAUAACCCUCAGCAAGAUGGGCUUCAGCCAGGGCCCGCCAAUCGAGUGGACCAAGGUGCAACUCCCGCCAAAAACCGACCUCCACGACCUCAUACACUAUCAGAUCGUCAACGGAGUCAACCCCGACGUGACCGUGGUGGUGGGUGACAAGGCGUUUCGUUGCCACCUGCUGGUGCUGCAGUGCUACUCGGCGCUGUUCGUGGAACGACCCACGGCCCGGAUGGAAGUGGAGGAGGCGAUGGUGACAAGCAACGCGUUCUCGAGUAUAUACGACUGGAUGCUGCACCUGGGCAAGGACAGCUACUCGCUCCUCAGGCGGGACAACAUUCUGGAGAUCUUCGUGGCGUCACAGUACUUCAAGAUUAAAGAGCUGGAGGAGCAGUGCUGGGCGUUUAUAGACAACGAAGAGUUGUUCUCCGAAGACAAGGCGUUCCUGUUGUACCUGGACGCUCGCGCCGCUGGGGUCGGCGCCGUCAUGGAGUUGAUGGUGCCUCGCGUCCAGAGGUUCUUCCUGACCCUCGUCUCCAGUAGGGACUUCCUGGAGAUGUCGGAACCCGAGGUGUGCGUCUUCUUGCGAUCCAACUACAUCUGCAUCCAUUGCGAGAUGGAAGUUUUCAUGUCUGCAGUCAGGUGGCUCAUGUACGACUGGGAGAACCGUAAGGAGUCCCUGGUUGAGGUGAUGAAGUGGGUGAGAUUCGGUCUGAUUCCACCUUGGCAACUAGUCGACAUCCGUAGAAACCCAGACAAUCAGGAGUUUCUGUUGAUUACGAGGAACCAGGAAGUGUCUAGGAUGAUCGAAGAUGGUUUGGCCUACGCGAUUAUCAAAUACUGGUACGGCCACGACAACAACGAGUACAGCCACUGGUGUGAAAACCUGGGCCUGACUGAGCCGGCCGAACGAAACUGGGCGGGAACCAAUAAGAUCAACGACCAAAAGAAGUACAAUACAUACCAAGAGUUCUUGACGGAUUUGGUGAAGUAUAGACAAAUGCAUCUACUUUCAAAUAAGGCCCAAGAAAAGAGAAGGGACAGCAAAGAUUCCCUCUUCUCAGAAAUGGAAAACGCCCGCAAACUGCAAAGAAACUCUGAACUCAUACUGCCUCAGCAAAGACACUGAUUACAACCACCGUGAUGGCGAAUCUUAGAUGCGGAAUCUAAAAUUUCUGUAACUGUAUUUACUAUCGAAAUAAAUUAUGGAAAUAAAAACUUUGCAUUAAAA